AUGGCUAUAAAGCAGAGGAAUGGUCCUCUUGGAUUACAAUCAAUAUACAAUCAAAUAUUCUCACCAAUUCCUCCUAAGAUACAUGAAGAACAUCUAGUUUAUACUGGAGAAGAUGGUCAAGACUUUUAUUUUUCUUCAACUCAGUACAAAUUGUCACAAGCUGAAUUAAAAAAAAUCAAACACCAUUUUUCUACUAUAUCAGAUGUAUCGGGUUUGCAGCUCUUAUCUUUUAAUCAAAUAGGAACAAAAUAUGGUCGGCUUAGAACAAAGGAUGGUCAUUACAUUGGGUCAAAGUGGAAUCAUCACAAUAAAGACUGGUCACGAACUAAUUAUAAUGUUAUGAUAAAGAUAGAAGUAGAUAUUUUAUGCAAACUAUCCAAAGUGACCAUCAGUAUUUGA